AUGCACUUUACAAUAGUAGGUCUAAUAUGUUGGUUAGUAUUGGCUGUCGGACCAGCCGCUGCUUCCAACAACAAUUGUGAUUUUGUUAAAGGAAACCACGGCUCCGGUUCUUUUGAACCCAUCAAUGGUUGUCCAUGCUUGGAUUUCUCCUUCCGUUCCCAGAAUACCAGAACAAUGCCUUAUAAUAUUGAACUUGAAAAUGUCAAAUGGGUGGAAAGCAACAUUUACACUGUUACUUUACAUGUCACCGGUCAGAAACAGAUUCCAUUGAAAUCUCUAUGGUCUUUGAAAAUCAUUGGCGUCAAUUCACCAGAUGGUUCGACUUUCCAAUUAUUUGGAUACAAUGAAAAAACUUACUUAAUUGAUAACCCAACGGACUGGACUGCCACCUUCCGUGUUUAUGGUCAAGCCGAUUCCAAUGAUCCAUCGAUUGUUUGGAUGCCUACCUUUCAAAUUCAAUAUGAGUACUGUCAAGGUAGUGCUGAUUGUUCUGAUUGGUCUUAUGGUACAACCACCUUCGAUUUAAUCACUGGCUGUAACAACUAUGAUAACUACAAGAGAUCUCAAACAGAUGCGGGAAGUUAUUUCUGGCCAGCUCAAUUGAGUGGUGAAACCAAAUAUCCUCAGAGCUAUCCAUGUGAGAAGCCUACCUCUACUUUAGCCUCGAGCUCUUCCACUUCCACCAGUUCAACGAGUAGCUCUGCCAGCUCCACUAGUACUAUUUCCGUAAGCUCCACAAGCUCACUUCGUUCCACCAGUUCCGCUAGUACCAGUUCCAUUAGUUCUACCAGCUCCACUAGUAGUAGUUCCGUAAGCACAACCAGCUCCAUGCCUUCAGCCAGUUCCGCUGUUCCAGUUGACUUUACUGGUGGUGAUCACGGUUCUGGUUCUGUAGAACCCAUCAAUGGUUGUCCAUGCUUGGAUUUCUCUUUCCACUCUCAGAAUACAGGAACAAUGCAAUACAGUAUUGUGCCUGAGGAAGUGAACUGGGUACAAGAUAACAUUUAUACUGUUACUUUGCAUGUCACCGGUCAGAAACAGAUUCCAUUGAAAUCUCUAUGGUCUUUGAAAAUCAUUGGCGUCAAUUCACCAGAUGGUUCGACUUUCCAAUUAUUUGGAUACAAUGAAAAAACUUACUUAAUUGAUAACCCAACGGACUGGACUGCCACCUUCCGUGUUUAUGGUCAAGCCGAUUCCAAUGAUCCAUCGAUUGUUUGGAUGCCUACCUUUCAAAUUCAAUAUGAGUACUGUCAAGGUAGUGCUGAUUGUUCUGAUUGGUCUUAUGGUACAACCACCUUCGAUUUAAUCACUGGCUGUAACAACUAUGAUAACUACAAGAGAUCUCAAACAGAUGCGGGAAGUUAUUUCUGGCCAGCUCAAUUGAGUGGUGAAACCAAAUAUCCUCAGAGCUAUCCAUGUGAGAAGCCUACCUCUACUUUAGCCUCGAGCUCUUCCACUUCCACCAGUUCAACAAGUAUCAUAUCUUCAGGCGUCUCCACAAUUACUACCGCAGAGCCACAAGAACAAACUUCAACCGCGUCUUCUACCGAAGCCAUUACUUCUUCUGAUGUUAUUUCAACUGAAUCCUCAACUGAAGCUACUUCAACUGAUGUUACCUCAACCGAAGCUAUCACUUCUGAUGUUACAUCAGCUGAAGUACCUUUUGAUGGUUCCUUAUCUUUUAGCCGCACUUCAGUGCCAGAAGAGCAAACUCCAACAGAGUCUUCCACUGAAGCUAUCACUUCUUCUGAUGUUACAUCAACUGAAUCUUCCACUGAAGCUACCACUUCUGAAGCUACCUCAACUGAAUCUUCCACCGAAGCUACCACUUCUGAUGUUACAUCAACUGAAUCUCCCACUGAAGCUACUUCAACCGAAUCUUCCACUUCCUCUACUACUACUGCAGACCCACAAGAACAAACUUCAACUGAAUCUUCUACCGAAGCUACUACUUCUGAUGUUAUCUCAACCGAAUCUUCCACUUCCUCUACUACUACUGCAAACCCACAAGAACAAACUUCAACUGAAUCUUCUACCGAAGCUACCACUUCUGAAGCUACUUCAACCGAAUCUUCCACCGAAGCUACCACUUCUGAUGUUAUCUCAACCGAAUCUUCAACUGAAGCUACUUCAACUGAAUCUUUCACUUCCUCUACUACUACUGCAGACCCACAAGAACAAACUUCAACUGAAUCUUCUACCGAAGCUAUCACUUCUGAAGCUACUUCAACCGAGUCUUCCACUGAAGCUACCACUUCUGAAGCUACCUCAACUGAAUCUUCCACUGAAGCUACUUCAACCGAAUCUUCCACUUCCUCUACUACUACUGCAGACCCACAAGAACAAACUUCAACUGAAUCUUCUACCGAAGCUACCACUUCUGAAGCUACCACUUCUGAUGUUAUCUCAACCGAGUCUUCCACUGAAGCUACUUCAACUGAAUCUUUCACUUCCUCUACUACUACUGCAGACCCACAAGAACAAACUUCAACUGAAUCUUCUACCGAAGCUACCACUUCUGAUGUUAUCUCAACCGAAUCUUCAACUGAAGCUACCACUUCUGAAGCUACUUCAACUGAAUCUUCCACCGAAGCUACCACUUCUGAUGUUAUCUCAACCGAGUCUUCCACUGAAGCUACUUCAACUGAAUCUUUCACUUCCUCUACUACUACUGCAGACCCACAAGAACAAACUUCAACUGAAUCUUCUACCGAAGCUAUCACUUCUGAAGCUACUUCAACUGAAUCUUCUACCGAAGCUAUCACUUCUGAAGCUACUUCAACUGAAGCUACUUCAACCGAGUCUUCCACUGAAGCUACCACUUCUGAAGCUACUUCAACUGAAUCUUCCACCGAAGCUACUACUUCUGAUGUUAUCUCAACCGAAUCUUCCACUGAAGCUACUUCAACCGAAUCUUCUACCGAGUCUUCCACUGAAGCUACUUCAACUGAAUCUUCCACCGAAGCUACCACUUCUGAUGUUAUCUCAACCGAGUCUUCCACUGAAGCUACUUCAACUGAAUCUUUCACUUCCUCUACUACUACUGCAGACCCACAAGAACAAACUUCAACUGAAUCUUCUACCGAAGCUACCACUUCUGAAGCUACCUCAACUGAAUCUUCCACUGAAGCUACCACUUCUGAAGCUACCUCAACUGAAUCUUCCACUGAAGCUACUUCAACCGAAUCUUCCACUUCCUCUACUACUACUGCAGACCCACAAGAACAAACUUCAACUGAAUCUUCUACCGAAGCUACCACUUCUGAAGCUACCUCAACUGAAUCUUCCACUGAAGCUAUCACUUCUUCUGAUGUUACAUCAACUGAAUCUUCCACUGAAGCUACUUCAACUGAAGCUACUUCAACCGAGUCUUCCACUGAAGCUAUCACUUCUGAAGCUACCACUUCUGAAGCUACUUCAACUGAAUCUUCCACCGAAGCUACUACUUCAACUGAAUCUUCCACCGAAGCUACUACUUCUGAUGUUAUCUCAACCGAAUCUUCUACCGAGUCUUCCACUGAAGCUACUUCAACUGAAUCUUCCACCGAAGCUACCACUUCUGAUGUUAUCUCAACCGAGUCUUCCACUGAAGCUACCACUUCUGAAGCUACUUCAACUGAAUCUUCCACCGAAGCUACUACUUCUGAUGUUAUCUCAACCGAAUCUUCUACCGAGUCUUCCACUGAAGCUACUUCAACUGAAUCUUCCACCGAAGCUACCACUUCUGAUGUUAUCUCAACCGAGUCUUCCACUGAAGCUACUUCAACCGAAUCUUCUACCGAGUCUUCCACUGAAGCUACUUCAACUGAAUCUUCCACCGAAGCUACUACUUCUGAUGUUAUCUCAACCGAGUCUUCCACUGAAGCUAUCACUUCUUCUGAUGUUACAUCAACUGAAUCUUCCACUGAAGCUACUUCAACUGAAUCUUUCACUUCCUCUACUACUACUGCAGACCCACAAGAACAAACUUCAACUGAGUCGUCUUCUGAAGUCACCUCAACUGGAUCCUCAACUGUAAUUACCGUAUCGUCAACCACGAUCUUAGAGCCAGAAGAACGAACUUCAACUGAGUCGUCUUCUGAAGUCACAUCAACUGGAUCCUCAACGGUACUUACCGCAUCGUCAACCACGAUCUUAGAGCCAGAAGAACGAACUUCAACUGAGUCGUCUUCUGAAGUCACCUCAACUGGAUCCUCAACUGUAAUUAUCGCAUCGUCAACCACGAUCUUAGAGCCAGAAGAACGAACUUCAACUGAAUCCUCAACUGAAGCUACUUCAACUGAAUCACCUAUCGAGGCUACCAAAUCUUCUGACAUUAUCUCAACUCAAUCAUCUAACACUAGCACUGAGGAAGAUAAUUACUAUACCAGCGCUUUGCCUCCAACCGUGCCCGAAAGCACCACUGAGAUGUCUUCGACUUCUGCCUCUUUCACUCCUCUAAUCCCAUCAGCUCUCUACCCCAACUCUACCAUAACCUCUGCUACAGCCACUACAACUGAAGAAACAUCUGAUAUUAACAGCCAGUCGUCGACUGUUCCAACGGAUUCACAAACUUCAAUUACCUCUGAUUUGACUACUGAUUAUUCUAUUUCCGAAUCCAGUCAAACAGUAACAUCGUUUGAAACAGAAUCGAAUGAUGAUAUUUCAGCAGUUGUUACACCAACUCAAUCUUCAACAACGACGCUUGCAGUUCCACCAGAUAGAUUGACCACUCUGUCAGAAAGCAGCUCUACUAUUUCUUCUGCAACAACAUCAACUACCACAGCUGAUCCGGAAGAAGCUGCUUCAUUAUCUACUCCCGCUACCAUCUCUUCCAGUGAAUUUAUUAGUAGCGAAAUACCAACCGCCGUUAGUGAAACAACCAUCUUCUCAGGAAGCUCCGAUAGUAUUACGACUUUGUUAAACACCGUAACCGAAGAGACCACCAAGACCUCAGUUACUGGUCCAGAAACUGAAUCUAAAACUACCGGGACGAUUACUGAGACCAACCCACCAAAUGUUAUUGUUUCUUCAUCCAUCACAUCCGAUGAAGUUACGGUGUUCUCUGGAACUGAUACUUUGACAACAAACCCAAGUUCAAGCACAUCGACUGUGACUUCCACCUCAUAUGAAACCGAUUCUAAGGGCCAUGUUACGAAGACAAACGUAUACACUGAAACACUAGUUGUUCCAUGUGAAACCACCGAUAACACAAUAUACCAAACAAAUCCCAAGGGUGAAACCACCGGUACUACUGUUGUACACACCUCUACUGUUCCAACUGGUGUAACAAACGAAAUUGCAACUGAUUCCGAAACCCAAACCUCUACCGAAAUUGCAACUGAGACCAAGAGUCAAGUCGCUGCUGAAACAAAGAACCCUGAAGCAAAGAACCCUGAUGCAGCCACAGAAACUGCUUCUAAAUCCAAUUCUAAUACCCAACCGGUUCCUUCUUACAUUUCUUCCGUCACAACAACCGCUCAACAACCAGCCAUCUCAUCAGAGUCCAGCGUACCAGCUGCCUCUUCAGCAACGGGUACUUCAUCGAAAACUACUCCAACCGCAGCUGUAUACACUGGUGGUGCAUCUGCCUCAAUUAUUUUCAACCGCUUCACUUUAAUCGUUUUACCAUUCUUAUUAACGAUGGCUAUUAUGUGA